AUGACUGCCAGGACGGCGACAAUCAGUCGCAAGACAAAUGAAACCCAAAUUGAUGUCACAAUCAACCUCGACUGCCAGCCCGGCUCUGGCAAUGCGCAAGAGAUCUCUGUUUCGACAGGCAUCGGAUUCCUUGACCAUGUCUGCUUCUCCCGUCAGCCUCUUCUCGGCUCAUAUUUCUCGACUGCACAGGACAGUGCGAUAGCGCUCGGAACUGCAUUCAAGCAGGCUCUUGGUGAGGUCCGGGGUAUCCGCCGCUACGGCACGGGAUUUGCCCCUCUGGAUGAAGCCCUAUCGCGUGCGGUGAUCGACAUCUGCUCAAGACCGUUCUGUGUGACGGAUCUGGGUAUCAAGCGAGAAAAGAUUGGGGAUCUGUCAACCGAGAUGUUUCCGCACAUUUUCUAUUCCUUCGCGAUAGCGGCUGGAGUAACGCUGCACGUCGACGUUCUUCGCGGCGAAAAUGAUCAUCACCGAGCAGAGUCGGCCUUUAAGGCGCUCGCCCUCGCCAUUCGACAGGCCAUUGAGAGGACGGGGGGCAACGACGUUCCCAGCACGAAGGGUGUAUUAUAA